CGAACAAGCCAUUUCCUUGUUGGCACCACAUAGAAACCCUAACUUUGAAAGGCGGGAAAUUUAUUUCCCCUGAAAUCUGAAUCUUCUUGCGAGCUAAAAAUUCAAACUUUCUGAGGAGCUUGAUUCUCACGAUACACUAAUGUCGAGAAAAGAAACUACGGUUUUAGUAAAUGAAGCUGAAUGGGUACUCUGUAAUGAUAAUGGAUUUGUUUAUAAGAAAAAAAAGAGAAACAGAGAAGAAAAAUCUUCUUCUACUACUACUAGUGCUAGUGAUGGAGGUAUCGUAGAUCUGGAGAUUGAGUUAAAGAAGAAAGGGUUAAGAAGACGAAAACAUACUUUAAUGAAGUUGAAAGAUAAGUAUAAGAAAGAAUGUGUUCAUUGGGGUAAUUUAUCAAACAGUUUGAAGGAAAUUGAAGAAAGAAAUCAAAAUCAACAACAGUUACAUAUACAAUCACAACCUUCGACGAGUGCUUCAUCUUAUAAAGUGAGAGAGAUGGGGCAGACAGAAGAAGCUUGCUCUGGGGGGUCUUUGAUUGAUGAUCUUCUUUUACAGGAAGAAAUGCGGGAAGGCAUGAUUCGGGACCUUUCGGAGCUCUGCGAUGCAGCAGAAGCAAUGUAUAAGGCAGAAGAGGAGCAGCUGAAGCAAUCUUUCUUCGACCUUCCAGUAUGGGCAUCUCCGCGUAGUCUAUUGGCUUCUCUAUCUGAUCAGGAUUGCUUUAGCAACAAUAAAGAGAACGGCUAUGCCCAGCUAACAUGAAUGUGUAUCUUCUUUUUUUGCUGUAUUGUCUUCGAAGCUGCCAUGCGCUAACUUAUCCGCCAUUAUCACAUUGCUUAGAAGGUCUGGAUUUGUUUAAUUUCUAGCUUCAGAUUCCUGUGGUUUUACUUGUCGCUGCCGUAUCUCUGAGGUAAUUAUUUGGGUGUAAAUGAGGAAUGUGAGGAGUAACCUGAUAUGAGGAUACUGGUAGGGUUUCCUGGAACCUUCUCAAGCAGUGCAAGUGGUGACUUUCUCAGAUGAAAUGCCAAUGUAACUGACUGAUCCUAGAAGCUUUGAGUCCUAAAGCAACGUGUGAAGAGUUUGUGCAUUGUGUUCAAUCAGGAGAGUAAUGAAUUAUUUUUAUUUUUAGUGUUAUUUGCAGCCAUCUGUUCAUGGCCAUGUUGAUGUGUAUUAUCUUUUCUUCUUGUGAAUAAAAUUCAUCAUUAAACGUGAUA